GCCGCUGCUGCUGCUGCUGCUGCUACAGGAACGAGAGCACCACCACCCGUUCGUCUCUCGCCCAAUACCUUUCAACUUGGUUUCAUCGCAUACUCCAUCCUCCUCCUCAUCAUCCUUGUGCUCACCGCGACUGUCACGUCCAUCCUACCCUCCCUUUCACAAACUUUCUCCCAUCACUGUUGUCGUCGUGUCCAACCAAGUACCAUACUCAUCAUCACAACCUCUCAUCAAGUCGAUCUACAGACUACAGCUCACCACCACCUAGGACGUUGCCAACGCCCCUCAUUCCCCUUGCACUCCGACACUCUCCCUUACAACCUUUCUCUCACCUUUCUCAACUCAACCUGCGGUCGUCUUAGCCAACAUGGGGUGCACACAAUCACACGAGGACUUGGACGCCAAGGCUCGCAACGCGGAGAUCGAGGAGCAGCUCAAGCGCGAUAGGCAAAACAUGGCGCGUGAAAUCAAGAUGCUUCUCCUCGGUGCCGGUGAGCCGGGCAAGUCGACCGUCCUCAAGCAGAUGCGUCUCAUUUACAACAAGCCCUACGAUGCGGAAGAGAGGGACAGCUACCGCGAGAUUGUCUACUCGAACACGGUCCAGUCGAAGCGCGUCCUUCUCGAGGGUGUCUCCUACAUGGAACUCGAGAUUAGCCCAUCCAACAAGGGACGGUGGGACGCGAUCAUGAACGCGCCUGCUCUUAUCGAGGGCGACCGCUUCCCUCCUCUGCUCGCCGAUGCCGUCAAGGGUCUCUGGCAGGAUGAGGGUGUUCGUGACGCUUUCACUCGGCGAAACGAGCUCCAGCUCAACGACUCUGCACCAUACUACUUUGACGCCGUCCAGCGCAUCUCGCAGGCAAACUAUGUUCCCACAGACCAGGAUAUUCUUCGUGCUCGUGUCAAGACAACGGGUAUCACUGAGACGCACUUUACCAUCGGCGACCUCAAGUACAAGAUCUUUGAUGUCGGAGGUCAGCGAUCGGAGCGUCGCAAGUGGCUCGGCAUCUUUGAGAACGUCACUGCCCUGGUAUUCCUGAUCGCCAUCAGCGAAUACGACCAAAAGCUCUACGAAGAUGAGACGGUCAACCGUAUGCAGGAGGCCAUGACCCUGUUCGAGUCUGUCGCCAACUCGAGAUGGUUCACCAAGACAUCGAUCAUCCUCUUCCUCAACAAGAUCGACUUGUUCCGAGCAAAGCUGCCUACGUCUCCGCUUAACGAGACCUUCCCCGAGUAUAAGGGAGGGGCAAACUACGACGCCGCUUGUGCCUUCCUGCUUGAGAAGUUUGUCGGCCUCAACCAGAACCCCUCCAAAUCGAUCUAUGCGCACUACACUGACGCAACGGACACGCGUGCACUGGCAUUUGUGGUGUCGGCCAUCCACGACAUACUUGUCAACAUGAACCUGCGCGAAGCCGGUCUCCUCUAACGCCAAAAGAAGACUCUGCCAUUGUGUGAAUGUCCCUCCUUGGCACGGGAACAGGCCUUUAUCAUAAUGCUGUACACUAUCCUUUAUGUGCAGUGCAUGCGUAUGCUACUAC